AGCUAUGAUCCGUAUCCGAUUUCCUGGUAGGAUUAGGGUUUUGGGAAAGAACCAAAUACAUUUAUUUUAGCUAGUCUGUUCUGAAAAUAAACAUUUUCGUAUGAUUAGGGCAUUUAGAGUACAGUGUGACUCUGGUAUUACGACUCAGUUAACUUAUACAGGGUGGCGGAAACAAAGCGCUGAUUUUAUUUGUGAAGGGAAUCGGUUAGUCGGCUAGCUUUAGCUUUUAGCCUGCACUGUUGGACAUGUCUGCCUCGGCCGGUGCCUCUCCGUCAGCCCAGGGCACGGCCCUGGUCAGUCCAGGAACGGGGAUGUCCAUGUUUCGGUGGCUUGAGGUUCUGGAGAAGGAGUUUGACAAGGCGUUUGUUGACGUCGAUUUACUACUUGGAGAAAUCGACCCAGAUCAAGCUGACAUCACAUACGAGGGUCGUCAAAAGAUGACAAGUCUCAGCUCCUGUUUUGCUCAGCUUUGCCACAAAGCCCAGACGAUUUUUCAACUUAAUCACAAAGUAGAGGCUCAGCUGGUGGACCUGCGUUCGGAGCUGACUGACGUGCAGGCGGAGAAGGUGGUGGUGGAGAGGGAGGUCCACGACCAGCUGCUCCACCUUCAUGCCAUGCAGCUGCAGCUUCAUGCCAAGGCUGGACAGACUGUGGACUCUGACGCCAUCAAAGACAGGAUGCCUGUUCCCUCAGUGGAGGAGAUGGAGAGGGAGCUGCAGGCCAACAAGAAGGAGAAGGUGAAGGAGGUGAAGCUGGAGGCAGAGGUCAAGCUGCAUAAGAAGGAGAAUGAGGCCCUCCGUAGGCACGUCGCUGUACUGCAGGCUGAGGUCUAUGGGGCAAGAUUGGCAGCCAAGUACCUGGACAAGGAGCUGGCUGGAAGAGUACAGCAGAUCCAGCUGCUGGGUCGGGACAUGAAGGGGCCCGCUCACGACAAGCUGUGGAACCAGCUGGAGGCUGAGAUCCACCUCCACCGCCACAAAACAGUUAUCCGGGCCUGCAGGGGGCGCAACGACCCCAAGAAACCCCUAGAGUCUCCAGUGGGGCAUGAAACAGAUAUACUGAAGAAGACUCAAGGAGUUGGUCCUAUUCGUAAAGUAGUGCUGGCCAAGGAAGAUCACGAGGGACUUGGCAUUUCAAUCACGGGUGGUAAGGAACACGGGGUGCCCAUCCUGAUCUCAGAAAUCCAUCCUACCCAGCCUGCGGAGCGCUGUGGCGGGCUCCAUGUGGGCGAUGCCAUUCUGGCUGUCAACAGCAUCAACCUGAGGGACGCCAAACACAAGGAGGCUGUCACCAUCCUCUCACAACAGAGGGGAGAGAUAGAGUUUGAGGUGGUGUACGUGGCCCCGGAGGUGGACUCUGACGAUGAGAACGUGGAGUAUGAGGAUGACAGCGGCCAUCGCUACCGCCUCUACCUGGAUGAGCUGGAGGAGGGGUCAGCCGCCAGCAGGAACAACGGCACAGCAGACUCAGCAUCACUACAAGCCCUGGAAAAGAUGUCCGUGGGUGACGGCCCAGAGAACGGAGACACAGGGAUCUUCAGUGAGACGCCAUCGGAGGAGACCCCGUCUAAGACUGCUGGGUCCGGAAAGAGCACCUCCUAGAGCGGCGGGGAGGAUCUGGAGGAAUGGGGAGGGGUGCAGAGGAGGAUGGAGAAGAGCUGAAAGACUGGACUGCACAUGUAUUUUUGUACUAUACUCUAUGAGAUUUGAGAGACUGGACUGCAUCUGAGUCCACUGGAGGAUGUAUGAGGGGAGAAAUGGGGAUAAAGUCGACUCAUCAUUAAGUCGUCAUGGAAACGCACUCAAAGCUCUUUUGAAUUCCUGUUACUAUCUUUCUGCAACGGUGAGGAGCCAAUGAGAGAAAACCACAGAUUGAGGAGAAGAUGUGGGUCUAGAUGAUUGAAUGGAUGGACUAAGUGGUAUUUUUCUGUGUGUAUAGUUACUGAUCCAAUUUGCCCCCACAUUAAGACGACACUUCCUUACUGUGAGACUGCCCUGCUGGUAAUGAAUACUGUUUUACUAGGCUGAGGAAAUCUUCUCCCUUCAUAAAUGUUGGCUUUUAUUUAUCUCUUACAUAUGUAGCUUGUGUAGAGGGGUUUCCCUCAACUGUAAUGUUCAUCUUCUACCACUGAUUAUGAUCUCAAUGUUUACUCCCAUGUCAAACCUGCACCACUCUAAGAUCCACCUACAAGUAGGCUUAGCACUCAAGUGUUCAGAAUAUAGAACAGCCACAUUCACCUAUUGGAUGUCAAAACAGAAUGUACAGAAAGACUUGUCAGAAUUCAAAGGAUUUCAGCUAUUAGGGUGUGCCCUCUGUGUUUGAUCAAUGGUAUCACAGAAUGUUACCAUAGUCCUGAUUACACAACAUUUUCAUUUAAAGAUGGGGCAAUGCAUCUUGUGUGCUACCUCGUUGUCUUCAUACUGUUCAAAGUCCUUGCCGUUUACUCUGAGGUGCACACACACUGGCUAAUGUUCUCUGAAAACAAGUUGUGUAUGACAGUUACUGAUAACUCGAAGUAUUUCUUUCACAAAUAUAUAUAUAUAUAUAUUACCACAAGCUCCGUUGCCAGAAAUUAGAAGUGCAAUAUCUUUAAACUCAACUAGGAUUUCUCCUUUACCGCCUUUGUUCUUGUCCCUUUCCACGUAAAGUACAUAUCUUGCUUGUCCCUGAAGUUCCUUCUCUGUAUUGUUUUCCCACCCUUCUCUAUUACUGGUGUGCUGUGAUCUUGUAUCAGUGGUUGUGUUUUCAGACUCGUUAGGACCCAAAAGAUGACUGACGGCCGUGUCGGCUGCACUGUAUUCUGAUAUUAAGAGCUGUCAGAGGGUUAUCAACCUGUCUGAGGGAUGGGAGUUUCCAGCUUUAAUCUAUGAAUUUCACACAACCAAAAGGUUUGUGUGCAUGCAAACAGGUUUUUAUGCACUGAAGAUCAAUUUCAAAAUAAAAUCCACAAACUAUCAUCUUUGAGACUAUAGAAAGUUCUAUGUUUACUAUCUAAAUGUAUUAGCUGUUUUUAAACUUGAAAUCAGUGCAUUUCUGUAGAUUCAUAUUGGAAUUUAGCUACUGUAGUAGCUAGCAUCUCUCUACUGUACUCAUUACAAAUGUAUCCCCAUACUGAGGGCUGAGGGGUUGAGGUGGUCAUGAUGACAACCUGCAGCCUUGUAUUCCAAUCUUGACCUCAUUCAUAGCUAAUCUGCAGUUACUGUUUAUUUAAUUUUUUAUCUACACUAAACAAAUGUAAAUGCAAUAUGUAAAGUGUUGGUCUCAUGUUUCAUGAGCUGAAAUAAAAGAUCCUAGAAUUUU